AAUGAAUACAUUUUUUAGAUUAGAAUAGGAUUGUUAUCUAUGCUCUGAGCGGUUCCUUGCUUUCAUAAUUUACUGUUUCUUCAGCUGAGCGAUAGAGCACAACACAGAGAUGGUACGAUUUUAUUGGUUGUUGAUAGUAGUGUUGGCAGCUUUUGUUGCCCCACUUCUAGCUGAAAAAAAUUGCACAUGGCAAAAUACAGUUGUUUAUGGACAAUUUAUCAAAACCAUUCGCCUCACACACCCUGCAGGAGUGGUAGUUACCUGGGAAGUUGAAAAAGGAACCAGUAACAUCACAAUCGCGCAUAACAGCCAUGUAUCACACAACAUUACGUACAAAAACGAUGAAAUGAUUUUAAAAGUAAAACUCCCUAAAAAAGCUAUGGCAACAACUAUUAAUGUCAACAAAUGGAUCACGUGUUUCAUGAUAUUCUUUUGUGGUUGGUUAAUAAAUAAGCGAUACGCAGUUUUAAUUGGUGUGAUUGUAUUGUCAACUGCUACUUUCGUACUGCCAGCUACACCGACUGAUUGUUCGAAUCCUCGAAUACACGUCAAAGCUCCAUUCGAUUACAUGGAAAAAUUAUGUGUCAACGAGAAAAAAUGUUUCGAAAUAAAAUGCACAUUGUCUGAUCUACCUCAGAGUUACAGUGUGAUUCCAUCAGAUAAUAAAAUCAUGUUCAAAGAUGAAUACUGUUCAAUUAGAAAGCCAGAAUAUUGGGAUGAUUGGGUUCUUCACUAUUUCAAAUCAGCAAAUAACAGUGAGAGUUUAUACCUUGCUGAUUUUGAUGGAGAUGCUCUUGUUAAUAUCAUCGAAUAUUAUGGAAACCAAUCCUUCAUUGAAAAAGACAAAGCCCGAACACGAAGAAAUGUCAUCAAUGUUGAAGAACUUGGUACAAAUCCAUUAAAUCCAGAUUCUGAUGGCGAUCUUCUGCUUGACGGAUUUGAAUAUUUCAAUAACAUGAGUCCAGUGAAAAAGGACGAUUUAAAUGCAGAUGCUGAUGGUGAUGGGUUGUCAAAUUUAAAAGAACAAAUUCUCAGAACUGAUCCUCUAAAUCCAGACACUGAUGGUGACGGAGCUUUGGACGGGGCUGAAGUAAAAAAUAAUGCUGACCCUCGAGAUCCAAUUGAUAGAGGGAUGCCACCUCCAGAUACCCAAGACGUAUUAAUUAGAAUUACAAUUGGUGACCACAGCGGAAGUCAUUCAGAAAGGUAUGUAAUGCAUGUGGGAGAAGUAUCUCAUCAAUCUCCUGGAUUUGGUUUAGUUGGUUUCGGAGAUUAUAAUUUCAAGCCUGGUUCCUAUCCAAUCACAAUACAGCACGUGGGAACAAAUCUUAAUACACCGGAUUACGACUAUAGAGCUUCGGUUACAAAAGUUGGAGGUCAAGGAAAAAUCACUGUUCAAGAUCCUCAAAGAAUUCUUGGGUUUCAUCAUGAAAGUACUUAUGAUUAUACCAAAGGGAAAAGUGCAACAUUGAUAGUGGAAGGAGAUUGUACCGAGGAAAAGAAAGCAACUGAUUGCUCGUGCAUAAAAGCAUGUGAAGAAUGUCGCGCAAAGAAAAAGUGUUAUUGGAAUAAAUCUUACUGCAGAGAUAAAAAAUUUCUUGACGAUAUUAUUCCUAUCCCAAAUAUUCUCUUUUUAACAGCGGCUAAUUGCGCUUGUGAAAAGUGCCAGAAAUGGGCCGAACGUGAAAAGAGGGAUAAUGCGUGGUUGCUUGAUUUAAAUAAGAAUUUUAAAUGUCCAUGCAAAGUCAGAAAAAAUCCAUGGUACAAAUUGGGAUGGGAAGCAAUUGACAACCCAUCCAACAAAGACUGGGAAAUAGACGGUGCUUGUAUCGGUAGCGGACUUCCAGGAUGCUGGUACUUCCACCCAGGAGCUGAUGGCUGUCUCCGCUCUUCUGCUACAAGUCAAUAUGGAGCCAGACAACAGUGUUGUUACGAUAAACGUGGAACUUUGUUACGGCCUGGUCACCCUGGAGCAGGAACACCUGAUAAAUCUGUGGAAAACCAUAAAGAAGACGAUGUAGAGCCAUAUGCGUGGUGUUGCAAAGAUUGUGAUAAAAAAGAUAGCUGUGAUCGAUACAUCAAACAAGCAAGAGCAGGUGAUGCUUCUCACUGCACUUAAACAAAACUGGUUUAUUUUAAUUCGCACUGUCUUAUUCUAAUCUGCACUACAUUUUGUAUAUAAGAACUGGAAAAUGACGACUCAACUGUUCUUCAUUUUUAGCUAACUUUCUGGCAUUUUCUUAUUUUCAAUUAUAAUGAAAGAUUAUCGAUUCGAUCCCUACUUUCUUCAUUUUCAUGAUCAUUCCACGAGAAAUUCUUGACCUGUCUUGAGCCUCAGUUUACCUUUGAUUAUUACCUCAAAUUGUUCCGGUAGUUUUAAUUUGAUUUUCUUAUUGUCUUUACACGCCUAUAUAUACAUAGAUAAGCAGUAUUAUAAUAUUUUUGAACUUUUAUGUAAGGAAAUUAACUGAAACUGGUGUAGGGCUAUUAAUACACAAGGUUUUUUAUUUUUUUUCUUAAGGCUCGAUAUUCAUUUGAUAACUUAAUUAAGUUUAAAUAAACAACAAAAAUAAUGACACCUGCAAAACCAAUCCCUUCUGCAAUAACACCUGUUAACACACCUAUUAAUAACUGAGAGAGGGAAAAACAGACCCGAAAGUGUAUAAUUCCUCGAAACUUUGAACUAACUACCUAACAUAAAUAACUUGAUAUAAAAAUAACACUUAUUUCGAAUAUGCAAACGUUACAAUCUGUAAGAAUCAUUUUAUCUGUGGUUUGUUACCACUUCUUUCAUCAAGUGUUACUAUUUGUAAUUUAUUCCUAAAUCUUGUGUUGUAAGGAUCUAUAUUCAUGUAGCCGAAUUGGACAUUUGUAGAAACUAUUCUCAUUCGAGACUUUUUGGAAUUUUAAUAAUACCCUAACACUUUGUAUACGUUAACACAUAAUUAUAUUUGCAAACUGUC